AUAUGAAGAAUUUUUAAGUCACAAUGUUGAAAAGUUCUAACAUGGAAGAAUAUAAUUCCAGUGAUGAUUGCUCUGCCAUUGAAGAUUAUAUGAUUGAUAAUUAUCAUCAUACUUCACCAGAUAUUUUUUACACAGCAACAAAUAUUCCAGGCCCUGGGGCAAAUACUGAAGAUUUUAAUACACAGUUCAUGGGUGGCUGUGCUUGUAAAGAAGGAAGAUGUCAUAUAGAAAACAAUUGCCCAUGUGUCAGAAAAUAUGGUGUAAAUUAUGAUAAGAAUAGUAGACUGCUGGAUUCCAAAUUCAAUGGUCCAAUUGUUGAAUGUAAUUCCAUGUGUGGUUGUAAUGGCCGGGGAAGAUGUGGGAAUCGUGUAGUCCAGUUUGGACCAAGAGGUGGAUUGCAAGUGUUUGAAGCAAGCCAUAGUAAAGGAUUUGGCUUAAAAUCAGAAUCCAUACUUCUGAAAGGUGACUUUAUAUGUGAGUAUGCAGGUGAAGUUUUGAACAUGGCAGAAGCAAGGUCCCGUGCUAAGGCUAAUGUUGGGAAAAUGAAUUACAUAUUUGUUCUGAAUGAACACCUAUCACAAGGACAUGUCCUGAAAACUUAUGUGGAUCCAACAGUGAUUGGUAAUAUUGGGCGAUACAUCAACCAUUCCUGCCAACCUAAUGCUGUAGUUGUUCCUGUAAGAACUGACACCCCUGUCCCAAAACUUUGUAUUUUUGCAUUAAAAGAAAUUCAUAUUGGUGAAGAGAUCACAUUUGAUUAUGGUGGUGGUAACAGUAAUGAAGUGUGUUCUGUGCAGGGUGGGCUGAUGCAUAGGAAGUCUUGCUGUUGUGGAGUGGAAGUAUGUAGAAAAUAUUUGCCCUAUGAUGAGACCCUAUUUUAAUGUUUGUACAGUAUUUACUUUGUUGGUUCUUUUAAUAUUUUACUGCUUGGAUUAAUAUAAAAAUGUAUUUCAGUGUUAGAAUGGUUUGUUAAUUAGGUACAAAUCCUAAGCCUAUUAACUCAUAAGUUAUGAGUAUGUGUUUAUAAACAAAGAUUUAUGACCAAAUUUUGCAUCAUUCUUUCUCAGAGUCUUUCCCUUGAUGAUAAUAUAAAAGAUGAGUUUCAGAUAUCCUUCUAAUGACAGCACAAGAACUAGGCCAGUUGUAUUAAGUACAUGCUAUGAAAUUUGUUGAAUAUACAAAAUAUCAUUAAACAUCUUUCCUUUGA